AUGAAGGCUUCCAUUAUCAUCUCGACGUCUGUCUUUGCCAGCACCGCUGUUGCUCGACUGUACAAACGUGAUGAGAUCGCCGCCCGCCCCUCGGGAACAGGAGACGAUGGGGCAGAAGAGACUUUAUCUACAGACACAGCGGCACCAUCGGCGGUCGGCACCGAGACAUCUUCAACUAGUGCAAGUCCCUCAAUCCCUUACACAUACGACUGUGUGAGUGAGUGCAGUAGUGAUUACGAUACAUGCCGCACAGCUCCUGGUGCCAACAUGUCCACUUGUGCAGCUCAGUAUGCUGGAUGUCUUGGCUACAAUCCCUUUGAGGGAGGGUCACUCGUUACACCCACCGCUUGUUCUGUCCCUGCAUCCGACACACCAAAGCCUACCCAAUCUAGCACAAGCGACUGCGUGACUGGGUGUAACAAUGACUACAACAAAUGCCGCACAGCUCCCAGUGCCAAUAUGUCCACUUGUGCAGCCCAGUACGCUGGAUGUCUUGGCUACAACCCCUUUGAAGGAGGAUCGCUUAUCACUCCUACUGCUUGUUCUGAUAAAGCUGAGCCUACUCAAUCGAACACAGACGAGUGUGUCAAUGAAUGCAACAGCGACUACGAUAAAUGUCGCACGGCUCCUGGUGCCAACAUGUCCACCUGUGCAGCUCAGUACUCCCAAUGCCUUGGGUACAGCCCUUUUGAUGGAGCUGGGUCGCUCGUCACACCUACCGCUUGUUCUGACAAAUCUGGACCUACUCAGACAGACACAAGAGCGGCCCAGUCAUCCGUGGCUUCACAGUCUCCUCCGCCUCAGCAAGACACGACAAUGCAGGGAACUGAAACCUACCAACAGCCUAUCGUUACCUGCACUUCCGACAUGUGCACCCAACCUACCAUGACUGAUCACGAAGCCCCACCGGUGAUGACCGAGUCGCCUGUCGUGGUUGACGCUGCUGGGAAUCUUCGACCUUGGAUGACAUUCAUGGCAUUGGCGGCGCUAGCGUUACUAUAA